AUGAAACCGUUCUUUGGACUGAGGGGCAAGGCCCUCAACUAUGCGGUGGGUAUUAUCGCAGGAUGCGAUUUCCUGCUCUUUGGGUACGACCAAGGUGUGAUGGGAGGCAUCCUGACGAUGAGUCAGUUCCUCACAGAGUUCCCCGACAUCAACCCAGACGCGGAGGGUAUCUCAGACGCUCUGUCGCGCACUCGGUCGACGAAUCAGGGUAUAUCGGUGGCUGCCUACAAUCUGGGCUGUUUUCUGGGCGCCAUCAUUACGAUCUUCAUCUCUAACCCCCUCGGCCGCAAGCGCAUGAUCGUGCUCGGUACGAGCAUAAUGGUGAUCGGUGCCAUACUGCAAGCUUCUGCCACGACGCUUCCCCAUCUGAUCGUCGGCAGAAUCAUCACGGGUCUCGGCAACGGCGGUAACACGUCAACCAUUCCGACGUGGCAGAGUGAGACGUCGCGAUCUCACAAGCGAGGUAAACUUGUCAUGAUCGAGGGAGCGCUCAUCACCUGCGGUAUCAUGAUUUCGUACUGGAUCGACCUCGGUUUCAGCUUCAUCGACAGUAGUGCUUCGUGGAGGACGCCGCUUGCGUUCCAGAUCGUCUUCUGCAUUUUCAUCCUGGCAUUCGUCUGGGGCUUGCCGGAAUCGCCCCGCUGGCUUAUCCUCAAGGGCAGAGAGGACGAGGCGCAGGAGGUGCUCGCUGCGCUUGCCGACAAGGAAGUCCACGACAAGGAGGUGCAGAACGAAUUCGUUGCCAUCAAGGAUACCGUGCUGGAGAUGAGCAAGGGGUCCUUCGCCGACUUGUUCACCAUGGGCAAGGACAGAAACUUCCACCGAACUGUCCUCGGAUACACGAACCAGAUGUUCCAGCAGAUCAGUGGCAUCAACCUCAUCACUUACUAUGCGCCUGUCAUCUACUCCAGCCUGGGAAUGUCCUCCUUCCUGUCCAGGCUCCUAGCCGCCCUCAACGGUACCGAAUACUUCCUUGCGUCGUGGCCGGCCGUGUUCCUGGUCGAGCGCGUAGGCCGGCGCAAGCUCAUGCUCUUCGGGGCCGUGGGGCAGGCGGCAUCCAUGGCGAUCCUGGCGGGGGUGAACUCGCAGCCGGACAACAAGGGCUGCAACAUCGCGGCCAUCAUCUUCCUGUUCGUCUUCAACACCUUCUUCGCCAUCGGCUGGCUGGGCAUGACCUGGCUGUACCCGGCCGAGAUCGUGCCCCUGAGGAUCAGGGCGCCCGCCAACGCCCUGUCGACCUCGGGGAACUGGAUUUUCAACUUCCUGGUCGUCAUGAUCACCCCCGUCGCCUUCAGCUCCAUCGCGCACCACACCUACACCAUCUUCGCCGUCAUCAACGCCUUCAUAGUCCCCUGCGUGUACUUCUUCUACCCGGAGACGGCAUACCGCUCCCUGGAGGAGAUGGACGCCAUCUUCCACAAGGCGCCCGGCGCCAAGGGCUGGAUCGGUGUCGUCAAGGUGGCGCGCGAGGAGCCCAGACGUUACGGCAAGAACGGCGAGUUGCUGAUCGACUACAAGGAGACGGAGGAGCACAAGGCGCACUUUGGGCACGAGGAGGACCCUCAUCGCGGCGCUUCCUCGAGCGAUGCCGAGACUGGACGUGGUGGUGGUGUGCUUCGUGGUACUGCAGCGUGA